UCGUGUUCAUCUGCUGAACCUGAUAAUGACAUGAACAAUAUUUCCGGAAUGCUGACAGAACUAUUGGCUGGGCAAAAAACGAUUGCUCGUGACAUCGCUGACAUCAAGGUUUUUCAGCAAGCUGUUAACAAGCGUUUUGACGCUCUGGAAUCCCGUGUGGCCGCUCUCGAAAAAACUAGCGCUGAUCCUAGAGUCUCACUUGACCAUUCCGGUUCUGACGUACGCUCUUUAUCUCGGGCCGUUUCGGAACUAAUUAAAAAGAAUGAUGACCUUGAAAAUCGCUCGAGACGCAACAAUAUAAUUUUGCAUGGACUAGGUGAACACAAUGCCGAAAACACAGAUACCCUUUUGUCUAAUGUACACAAAGUUUUCACAGAGAAACUUCAAAUUGAAUGCCCGCCCAUCGAACGUUGUCACAGAAUUGGCACCAAACGUGAAGGUAGAUCGCGCCCAGUUAUAUUACGAGUACUAGACUUUCGGAACAAAGUAGAAAUAAUGAAAAUUGUCUCAAAGCUGAAAGGAACAAAAUUUUACAUAACUGAAGAUUACUCUGCUAAUGUACGUGCCAUUCGCAAAAAGCUAUGGGCAGCAACCUCUUCUUUUCGUGACCAUGGCUCUAUGGUGAGGUUGCGUUAUGACCAUGUCUUUAUAAAUGGUGUCCGCUACAGGUGGAAUGAUGCAGCUAAUGCCCUAGUUGACGAUUCAGGUCUCGCUGUAAACACAGUAGUGAAUAAUUCCAGCCCUUCUGACAACACUCUCCCGGCCACGUCAUCUUCACCUUGACAAAUUCGCGACUCUUACAAGCUUACUUUCUUGAAUUUUAAUGCAAGAAGUCUGGUAAAUAAGUUCCCGCUGUU